UUCUCCCACUAAUAACCGACAGGGAGAAACACCACGUGACUACAACAAAGUCCACCCGCUGAGAAGCUCAUCCAAUCACAGCCAGGGGACGGUACGGCUCGUUUUCCAUACAGCAUGUAUAAUAUCCUCCGUUUCCUCUUCAGCAGCUCAUUCGUCGCUGCAAGUUUCCAGAGACAUCAUGCCCGAACCCGCCAAGUCUGCGCCCAAGAAGGGCUCCAAGAAAGCGGUCACCAAGACGACCGCCGGUAAAGGAGGCAAGWAGAGGAGAAGGACCAGGAAGGAGAGCUACGCCAUCUACGUSUACAAGGUGCUGAAGCAGGUCCACCCCGACACCGGGAUCUCCUCCAAGGCCAUGAGCAUCAUGAACUCCUUCGUCAACGACAUCUUUGAGCGCAUCGCCUCCGAGGGACUCCAGUUCCCAGUGGGCCGUGUUCACAGGCUGCUGCGCAAAGGCAACUACGCGGAGCGGGUCGGUGCCGGAGCCCCCGUCUACCUGGCCGCUGUGCUCGAGUAUCUGACCGCUGAGAUCCUGGAGCUGGCUGGGAACGCCGCCCGCGACAACAAGAAGACCCGCAUCAUCCCCCGUCACCUGCAGCUGGCCGUCCGCAACGACGAGGAGCUCAACAAGCUGCUGGGUGGAGUCACCAUCGCUCAGGGUGGAGUGCUGCCCAACAUCCAGGCGGUGCUGCUGCCCAAGAAGACCGAGAAGGCCGCCAAGACCAAGUAAACCUGCUGCUGCUGC